ACACUGGAAAUUUACCAGACAUUUAAAUUUUUUUCAUAAAAAGCCGUAUAAAUAUUACCUUUACCCUUAUAAUGAAACAAAGAAGGUAAAUGAGUCUCUAGAUUCCCUGGACUGAACUUCAUUAUUAAAUUCCCGCAGUGCUAGCAGAGUGGCCCUAGUACCACCACCACCAUCACCACGCCUCCAUCAUGUAAACAAACGGCAAUACUCCCUCAACAAUUGCAAUACGGCAACACAACCCAGAGAUGGAGGACGCCACCUGUGAAAGGAUAAUAAAAAAGCUGGACUCUCUCAUCAGGCAGGACCCUUUAAUGGAUGAGUUUGACAUUGUGUUCUCUCCGGGCGAGGUGAACCGGUCCCCUGUGGUGAGUGUGGAGCACAAGCUUGGCCUUGAAUCAUGGUGCUUGAAGCACGUGUAUGCCCAUGCUCAUGCCAACAUCCUCAAGACUCGCCACUCAAAAAGGAUCCAAGCUCCACUGCUAAGAUGCAUACAUCUGUGUGUGCCCCAGACCCUGCUCCAAUGCUGCGGUGGACACAGUUCUGUCUUCUAGUCGCCCCAGAAGUUGCCACAUUUUGGAACAUACGGAAGCAACUACUACAGCAUGGCAGUUUGUCAGUAGAUGCAGAUCUCCACCUCACUCGCCUUGUGUUAUCUCGAAAGCCAAAAUGUAUGGAAGUAUUUCAGCACCGCAAGUGGCUUUUCCAUCAUAUUUUAGCUCCCUGUCCAUCUUUGCCGUCCCCACCUUGUGCCAUUGACCACCACAAUGGCAGUGGUCCUGAUGAGGAGCCAAACCGUAGAUUCUUACUUGGGGAGCUGGAAAUAUGUAGGUGGACAGCUGACAAACACCAAAAUAACUAUCAUGCCUGGAACCAUAGGUUGUGGGUACUACAGCAGCUAGCUGAGCGACCUCUUGGCCUGGCUGAAGUGUGUCGUGCUGAGUAUGAGGCGUGUCACCGCUGGGUGAGGACACAUGUCAGCGAGCACAGUGGCCUCCACUACAUGCAGCACCUCUUGGCUACCCUAGUCACCUUGGUGGCUGAGGGGGUCCUUCUUAACCUGGCAGAAGCUGUGCCUUCAGCUACAUGCCCUAAAGACUUGUACUGUACUGAGUUAGAAUUCAAUCGCAACCUGAUAGAGCAGUAUCCAGGUCAUGAGGCACUGUUCUGUCAUCGGCGAGUGCUGCUGCAGCGGCUACAGGAUAUCCUGCUACAUGCUGCACCAUUGCAUCGCACAGCUUCUCCACCACCUCCAGCCCUCAAGCGUUCAUGUGUAGAGACGGUGAAUGGUGAGUGGAGCACUGCGCUGCUCAGUGAGAGGGACCUGGUGAACAAAUGUCUACAAACUGAUUCCUACCAGAAGACCCUUGGAGAGCGACACGCUCAUUGGCUCAGCAAUGUGCUAGCUGUCUAGUUGGCUGGGGCAGUGCUGGAGCUGGACCAGUCAUGCAAUUCCUCAGGGAUGCAACAGACUCAAUUGCUCCACCUCAGUUGGCCUUAAAAAGUUUUGCCAGACUUGUUUACUUGUGAUCACCACAUAAAUUGGAGAGAAGUUGUUGCUUCACUGAUUAAAACAAUGGGAGGCAAGCAGGACAGCACAACUGUGAUGAAAGAAUCAUUGUUUCUUAUCAAAUGUCAAUAUUUUUUGUGUAAGAUGGUAUAGAAAUUGAUAGCCUGCUACUUACUGCCUUUCUUUGGCAUCGUAGUUAUAAAUGCACAUACCUUUAGAUAUACAUAUAUUGGGCAGUGGAAUAUCAUGCAUGGUGUGCAUAAGUGAUUUCAUGGCAUAUAAUAUAGAAAUGUAAAGUUGAUGAUUUUUUUUUUUGGGGGGCAAAAUAUAAAUACAAAUCUGAUAUGAAAAGAUAGAAAUAUGCAAAAUAGUUUUGAGAAUUACUAGGAAAUAUAAUGAUGAAAUAUCAGUAGUGCAGCCUUGCUUGACCUCACUUCCUUCCCAGCUCAGGGGCUGAAACCCAGUAAUAUUUUGUUCCUUUCACAUGCAGUACUCCCUCUGUUGUGAGCAAUCUGUGUCAUUCAUCUUGAAUGGUUUGGUACACAGUGCUGUUGAUGGAGCAGGAAUACUUUGUACAUACACAGUAAUAUAUAUGAACUACAGUUGGAAGUUGUCCAAAAUUUUACUGGGUGCUAAAAUACUUUCAGAUCAUUAUUCUAUAUGCCUGAAGCAAAAUUGUUUAAGGAAACCAAAGCAUUAAUUCUUAUUAAGAGAUGUUCAGGAAGGGCAGACAUAUCUGCAAUAUUUUUAACACACUCCAUUAUUUCAGACUUCAUAACUGCACUUCAGUCAAGCUUGUAAAUAACUUCAACUUAACAGAAUUAUAUCCUGUAUUGUUUAAAGGUUUUAGCACAUUUUUUAACAGAUUGUUAUAGUUUUAAUAUUACAUUAAAUGAAGUGUUAGACAGCACUGAAUAGAGAGAUGAAUGACAUUUACCUGUUGAUAUAUCGUGUAGUCUGACCUGAAGCUGAAGGUGAACCUUUCAUUCCCUAGAAAAAUUGCCAGUUAGUUGGCUUAGGUGCAGUCCAUACAUUACUUCAGCUUGGUCAUUAAAAAUAAAUUUAUUUUGAACAAA